AUGACCGAUAACAAACGAAAAAACAGUGGUUCGAUAUCAUCUUGGGUAAAAAAAAGAACUUCUGUGACACAGGUACAUUCAUCUCCAGAUCUAACUAAUAAAAAUGAACAACCACCAAUUAAUGAACAUACUAAUACUCCUUUUUCAACGACUAUUAGUAUACGUAAUGAUAUUGGUGAUUAUGUAGAAAAAGGUAGUCAAACUGAUCAUGUAAAGGCAAGAUUCUUAGAAUCAACUAAUGUUCCUGAUAAUAAUUGUCAGUACCCUUUUAGCUUACAUAAUAAACAAAGAAAAGAUAAAAAUGUAACUUUGAAAAGUCUGGUUACUGUACCUUUAAAUAAAUAUGCCAAAAUAUUGGGUGAAACGGGAGAUUUGAGCAAACACAGUAAAUGCUUAUACCACAUAAAUGCAACACAAAAAGCCAAUGAUUUUUUAACUUGCUACAAAAAUCCGGCAAAAGAAAUUAUUAAUGUAAUUAAUAACACUAGAUUGAACCAGGUUAUUGAAAAUCGAGCCAGAUUAAAACCGAUUGUUGAAUCAGUGAUUUUUCUUGGACGUCAAAACAUACCUUUACGUGGCCAUCGUGACCAAGGCAGCUUGAUAGGUAAUGAGCAUACUGAAAAUAGUUUAUCCGUAGUAAAUGAAGGCAAUUUCCGUGAGCUAUUAAGGUUUCGAAUACUAUCAGGAGAUACUGUUUUGAAGAAUCAUUUGGAAACAACUAGUGCAAAGGCAACAUACAUCUCACACACAUCACAGGAAGAAAUUAUACAGUGCUGCAAAGAAGAAAUUUUAUUUCAAAUUAUGGAAAAUAUUAGAGAAAGCCAAUAUUUUUCAAUAAUAUUUGAUGAAACGACAGAUAUAUCACACAUUUCUCAAAUGAGCUUAAGUUUAGAAAUAUUGACAAAGAAAAUAAAGUUCAUGAACGACCCAAAACUAACUGGUGAGGUGUUAGGCAAUACAGUAGUCAAUGUUUUAAAAGACAUGUCACUGAAUUUGGAUGACUGUAUUGGAAUUGCGACUGAUGGAUGUGCUGUAAUGACAUCUGUAAUAAGAGGUGCUGUUCAACACAUUCAAAAGAGCUGUGUCAACGCUGUUCAUAGUCCUUGCUCUAACCAUGCUUUAAAUUUGUCAAUCUCAAAAUCAUCCAAUGUACAAUUAACCCUUAACGACAAACGCACUAAUUGUGAUGUGCAUUUUGAAAAAAUAUUUGAAGAAAGCAAAAAUGUAAUGAUUGAGUUAGAUGUAGAAAUGAAGCAACCAAGAAUUGUAAAAAAACAAAAUCAAAGGUGUAAUACACCAGCCAAUUCUAUUGAAGAAUAUUACCGUCGAAUAUUAUUUAUACCUAUCAUUGACAAUGUGUUAGAAGAUAUCAAACACCGUUUCUUGGAUGAGAAAAACAAAACAAUUUUUUUACUAAUGCAACUCAUUCUAUCUAACACAAUUAAGAUGUCUUCUGAAACUAGUGAUGAAAUAAUGAAAACAGUCGGUGACCAGUAUACAUUCCUUGAUUUGAAUACAUUAAUGUUCAGAGGUGAGUUAGAAUUAUGGAAGACUAAAUGGACCACACAAAAGAAUGAAGGAUUAAAUAUUCCAAAUGAAGUGUUUUCGGCUUUUGAUGAAUGUUCUGACACAUUUUUCCCAAGCAUAAAAAAAUUAUUAUUGGUCUUGGGUACACUUUCUGUCAGUGUUGCUACUGCAGAACGUAGUUUUUCCACUCUUAGAAGUCAAAUGUAG